AUCACACAGAAUGGAGAAAUGAGGAAGUGGGCAGUGGUUAGUUAGCUAGCUAGCUAGCUGCUGAGGCUACAAUAACUUAUUCACCUAUGUGUUAACUUACGACUAAUUUCAAGGUUUAGUCAGAAAGAAUUGUGGAGAUGGAGGUGUCAGGCUACCAGUCCAAGCUGCUGUGUGAGCUCAAUGAGCAGCGGAAGAGAGACUUCUUCUGUGACUGCAGUAUAGUCGUUGAGGGACGGGUCUUCAAGGCCCAUCGCAACGUCCUAUUCGCCGGCAGCGGCUACUUCCGAGCCCUAUUGGUCCACUACCUACAGGACAGCGGUCAGCACCACAGCACGGCCUCUCUGGACAUCGUGACGGCCGAGGCCUUCUCCUCCAUCCUGGACUUCCUGUACUCGGGUCGACUGGACCUGCGCAGCGACAACGUCAUCGAGGUGAUGUCAGCGGCCAGUUACCUCCAGAUGACUGAUGUGGUGUCCUUCUGUAAAGGCUACAUCCGCUCCUCUCUGGAGAUCUGUAACAGGGAGAAAGAGAGGGAUAGAAACAAAGAGAAGGAAAGAGACGGUCCGGCUGACAGUGGAACCCCAGCAAUGCCACCUCCCUCUUCCAGAGCCUCUGUACCUGUAGCUGUACCGUCGUUGUCACUAGAGGGAGAUGGAGUUACUAAUGUACGUUCAGAAUCCUCCCCUUCUACUGUCACAGACCCCCCAUCCUCGGCAGCAGCCCUCCCCAGGGUCCCCACGCCCCCCGGCCCUAGCAGAGACUCUGAGAGCGACUGCAGCUCCAGAGGGGAGUUCCCAUCUCAUAUUAUUGUGGGCCGGACCCCCCACGGACACGGGGACCAUCUGAUGAACCCCCUUUCCUCCUCAACAUCUGGCUUGACCUUAGAACUGGUGCACCCCAAGAUCGAGUACGACCCCGACGACGAGGCCGAGGAAGGGUCCCCCGAUACCAAAGACCUGCCGUUGUUUAUGGGACCCCCCCUCCACACCCUCCACACCCACCACCCAGACCACCUCCAUGACAGGCUGGCGUCCUCCAGCCCUUCCCCCAGCAGCGAGCGCUCCUCCCUGGGCUUCGGGGGCUGCCACGCCAGGCAGUUCAUGGAUGUGCUGUUGAGAGGUGGCUCCAGCCCCCACAUGGACAGAGGGGAGCAGGGCCAGAUGUUUGCCCAGGGAUUGGGCCUCUGGGGUGGGGGAGGCAGGGUGGAUGAAGGUCUGGGGAUGGGUGGUUCCUCUAUUAUGGAGAUACAGAGCGACUGGUACGGAGAGGACACAGGAGAUGGCUUGGUGGUACCUGUGAAGCUCCACAAGUGUCCGUUCUGCCCGUACACCGCCAAGCAGAAGGGCAUCCUGAAGAGACACAUCCGCUGUCACACUGGAGAGAGACCCUUCCCCUGUGAGACAUGUGGCAAGAGGUUUACGCGUCAGGAACACCUCCGCAGCCACUCACUCAGCGUGCAUCGCUCCAGUUGGCCCGUGGUUUGUAAAGGGUGUAGAAGAAGCUUCGCCGGAGCCCUGUCCCACGGACUCAAACGCUUUGGCCUGUGUGACAACUGUACCUGUGUUACGACCACGGGCCACGACGACUCACCUCUCGCCCACAUCAACCUCAACGGCCAACCAGAGGCCAUGGAACGUGGGGACGGAGACGGUGAUUGGCCCAGGUUCAGGGAUGAUGCUGAUGACAUGGAGGCCGGGGAAGGGAUUAUAGAGGAACUGGGGGAGAAAGGGGAACUACACAGAUGAAUGUCAGAGAUCCCAUUCACAGUGGACAUGAAGGAGAGGAGACAAGGAAAGGAAGAAUUUAACUUUCAGACUCAGUUUUAGUCCUAGCUUGUGGUCUACCUCCCCCAGUGGUUUAAUAGGGGAACAUUUUGGACCAAAAUAACUGUGGUACAGAAACAGAACUGCAUGACCAUAAGAGGACUGGUUUGUCCCUAGGAGGAGGACGUUGUCCCUAGGAGGAGGACGUUGUCCCUAGGAGGAGGACGUUGUCCCCAGGAGGAGGACGUUGUCCCCAGGAGGAGGACGUUGUCCCUAGGAGGAGGACGUUGUCCCCAGGAGGAGGACGUUGUCCCGUCCCCAGGAGGAGGACGUUGUCCCGUCCCUAGGAGGAGGACGUUGUCCCGUCCCUAGGAGGAGGACGUUGUCCCGUCCCUAGGAGGAGGACGUUGUCCCGUCCCUAGGAGGAGGACGUUGUCCCGUCCCUAGGAGGAGGACGUUGUCCCGUCCCUAGGAGGAGGACGUUGUCCCGUCCCUAGGAGGAGGACGUUGUCCCGUCCCUAGGAGGAGGACGUUGUCCCGUCCCUAGGAGGAGGACGUUGUCCCGUCCCUAGGAGGAGGACGUUGUCCCGUCCCUAGGAGGAGGACGUUGUCCCGUCCCUAGGAGGAGGACGUUGUCCCGUCCCUAGGAGGAGGACGUUGUCCCGUCCCUAGGAGGAGGACGUUGUCCCGUCCCUAGGAGGAGGACGUUGUCCCGUCCCUAGGAGGAGGACGUUGUCCCUAGGAGGAGGACGUUGUCCCUAGGAGAAGGACGUUGUCCCUAGGAGGAGGACGUUGUCCCGUCCCUAGGAGGAGGACGUUGUCCCUAGGAGGAGGACGUUGUCCCUAGGAGAAGGACGUUGUCCCGUCCCUAGGAGAAGGACGUUGUCCCCAGGAGGAGGACGUUGUCCCUAGGAGAAGGACGUUGUCCCGUCCCUAGGAGGAGGACGUUGUCCCGUCCCUAGGAGGAGGACGUUGUCCCGUCCCUAGGAGGAGGACGUUGUCCCGUCCCUAGGAGGAGGACGUUGUCCCUAGGAGAAGGACGUUGUCCCGUCCCUAGGAGGAGGACGUUGUCCCGUCCCUAGGAGGAGGGACGUUGUCCCGUCCCUAGAAGAAGGACGUUGUCCCGUCCCUAGGAGGAGGACGUUGUCCCGUCCCUAGGAGGAGGACGUUGUCCCUAGGAGGAGGACGUUGUCCCUAGGAGGAGGACGUUGUCCCGUCCCUAGGAGGAGGACGUUGUCCCGUCCCUAGGAGGAGGACGUUGUCCCUAGGAGGAGGACGUUGUCCCUAGGAGGAGGACGUUGUCCCGUCCCUAGGAGGAGGACGUUGUCCCGUCCCUAGGAGGAGGACGUUGUCCCGUCCCUAGGAGGAGGACGUUGUCCCGUCCCUAGGAGGAGGACGUUGUCCCGUCCCUAGGAGGAGGACGUUGUCCCGUCCCUAGAAGGAGGACGUUGUCCCGUCCCUAGGAGGAGGACGUUGUCCCGUCCCUAGGAGGAGGACGUUGUCCCGUCCCUAGAAGAAGGACGUUGUCCCUAGGAGGAGGACGUUGUCCCGUCCCUAGGAGGAGGACGUUGUCCCGUCCCUAGGAGGAGGACGUUGUCCCGUCCCUAGGAGGAGGACGUUGUCCCGUCCCUAGAAGAAGGACGUUGUCCCCAGGAGGAGGACGUUGUCCCGUCCCUAGAAGAAGGACGUUGUCCCUAGGAGGAGGACGUUGUCCCGUCCCUAGGAGGAGGACGUUGUCCCGUCCCUAGGAGGAGGACGUUGUCCCGUCCCUAGAAGAAGGACGUUGUCCCCAGGAGGAGGACGUUGUCCCGUCCCUAGGAGGAGGACGUUGUCCCGUCCCUAGAAGAAGGACGUUGUCCCUAGGAGAAGGACGUUGUCCCUAGGAGGAGGACGUUGUCCCGUCCCUAGGAGGAGGACGUUGUCCCGUCCCUAGAAGAAGGACGUUGUCCCUAGAAGAAGGACGUUGUCCCUAGGAGAAGGACGUUGUCCCCAGGAGGAGGACGUUGUCCCUAGGAGAAGGACGUCUCUUCUACUUGGUCAUGGUGGCACAAUGCACCAGGUGACGUUACUCCAUAACAGUCUGUUCUCCAUGGAAACAGCAGGUGUCUUGUCCUCAACAGCCUCAUCAACUCCAUGCGAAGGAGAUGUGUCGCGCAGCAUGAGGCAAAAGGUGGUCACUCUAGAUAUGACUGGUUUUCUGAUCCGCGCCCCUACCUUGUUUUCUUAAGGUGUCUGUGACCAACAGAUGCAUAUCUUUAUUCCCAGUCAUGUGAAAAUCCAUAGAUUAGGGACUCAUUUAUUUAAAUUGACUGAGUUCCUUAUAUGAACUGUAACUCAGUAAAUUGUUGCAUUUUUAUAUUUUUGUUCACUGUAAAUUUCAGGAUAAUUGUGUAUCUCUGUAAAUAAUCAGAAUUCAUGUCAAAUCAAGGAAAGUUUUUUAAAAACAGUGCUUGUCCAAAAAAAUGUUGUUCUCUUAUCACAGUUUAGUCCAGGUGUGGGGUAAAUUGAGCCGCUGGACAGAGUGAAUUAAUCCACCUACAUAAUUCUGUACUGAAUUAAAUAUUACCACAACCCUUUUAAAA